AUGGAACCACUAACGUAUGUAGUCAUCACAUCUUUAUCGACUGGAGCCUUUCCCAGUAGCUUAAAAAUGGGUAAAUUUUUCUCCAAUGAAAGAGUUUCCAACAACAGGCUUGAUAGCUACAUCGCAAAAAAAUUAAUACUUUCAGCAAAUCAGCAUGGAUUCAGCAAAUCCAAAUGUACAUUAACAGCUAUGUAUGAGUAUUUAGAAGCUCAUUGUAAAGAACUGGAUGACAAAGAAAGUGCUACUGGUAUUUUCCUAGAUCUCUCAAAAGCAUUUGACAUAAUUGACCAUGAUUUUCAUAUUCACAAAUUACCUCAAAAACAUGUCAGCGCGAUCCCGAAUCAAAAUAUCAUUACAACAACAAGACAUCCGUGCAGUAAAUCACUAAUAAAGUAUGGAGUGUCACAAGGCUCUAUCCUCGGAUCUCAAUUGUUCCUCCUUUAUACUGAAGAUUUAAAUGAGUUUAUUAUAACAAAAAAGAUAUUUGCUUAUAACACCAGAAAUUUAAUAACAGUUUCUGACAAAAUUUCUAUGAAAGUAGCAAUAGAUACUUCAGUGACCCUUGUUACCAGCCAGUCUCAAAAAUUAAGGUAUAAUAAAUAA